AUGGCACGACAUUUCUCUGAAAAUCAAAAUGCCAUUGAUCAUCAUCAUUCUCGGAAUGCGGAUAUCUUAUUACCUAAUCAGAAAGAAAAUCAACAAUUACACACUACAUCUUUAACAUCUACCAACUUUGCAACGGAUGGUUCAAUUGAAUUACGAAUAAAUUCAAAUAAUGAAUCAGAAAAAGUCGAUUCACAUUUAUCUCAAAAAUCUGUAACUAUUACUCGACGUAAUUCUAAAUCAAAUCAACAUGAAUCUACACAAAUAGUUACAAAUCAAACUCGUCAACAUCAACGUGAUCGAUAUAUAAAUUAUUGUUAUCGUUUUGAAGAAAGUCAACUCUAUUCCUUAUUCAUUUCAUCGAAUGGUGUUGAAUGUUAUGGAACAAAUUGUCAACCAUCUGUAUUUACUACAUCAUAUCAAUGUCAAACAAUAUCACAUGAUAAAAAUAUUGAUACUAUUGAAGAAUUACCUUUAAUGAAUGAUCAACAUAUUAAACAAAAUAUUUCCUAUAUAUCAUUAACUAAUUUAUCAAAUAUAAUUGAUCAUGAACCUAAUGUAUCACGAAAUGAAUCUAAUUCACAAUCAACAAGCAAUAUUUUACUACAUAAACCAUCAUUAUUUCUUGCUGAUAUUUUAAGUAAAAUGACACAUGAACAACUUGCUAAAUCUAUUGCUCAAUUGACUAAAUUGCAUGAAAAUCGUACAAAAUCGAAUAUUACUCUUAAUAAAUUACAAAGAACUACAUCGCUUCAGAAUUUGAGUAAAAAACCAACAAAAUUACAUAGUGUUACCUCGUUAUUAUGUGAACAAACACCAGCAAACAUAAUUCAAAUAGAGAAUAAAACUCUAUCAAUACAACCAACUAAACAAAAACAUAUUGAGGAAGAUAUGGUUUCAGUACCUAUCGAUUUAGAGACAUCAAGAGAUAAAUGUAGAAUUGAUAUAAAUGAAAAGACAAUAUUAACUGUUACUAAUGAAAAACUUCAAACACCAGUUCAUACUUCAGAACCAUUAAAUCAACAUAUCAUUUCAAGUCCUACAAAACUUAUAUCACUUCCGAAACGUAAAUUAUCUCAAGAAAAUCUACAAACAAUUUCUAUUAAUGAUUCACCACAAACUACUUCUGCAAUAUCAUCACCUAUUGUACAUCGACCUAUGACAAAGCCAUCUUCAAAACUUAAUGAACAACUAUUGAAAUCAAAAUUUAAGCCUUAUAAUACAUCAAAAAUCGAACAAAAUAAUACUGAAUUUUCAAAUAAAAUAGACGCAAAAACAUUUGCUUCAUCAUUCAAUUCAAUGAUGAAUUCAAUACCUAUUAAAAAUCAACAAUUCGAUAAAGAAACAAAUCUUGAAAAUAAUCAAGAUUUAUUUUCGAAAUCUAACAAGAAACAAAAUCUUCAUGAAUUAUAUUCAAUAAAUAAUAUGAAUCAAUCAUUAAAAAACUUUUCAUUGUGCAAUAAAAUAACAGAUCAUCCUUCUCAAACAAAUAUAUUAUUAUCAUCAAUACCAAUCAAAGAAAAAUUGAUUUCAUCAUCAACAUAUUCUCAAAUAUCAAAUAAUAAAAAUGAAAUUGAACAUAAUUUGAAUAAUGUAACUGAUCAUCUUUCUCAACAAGAUAUCAUUAUAUCAAAUAUAAAUACCAAUAAAUCACACCAUAUCUCUUCGAUAAAAUCUAAUAGAACAAAACGAAUAUUACCAUUUAUGAAAAAAAUUGAUUAA